AAUAUUGACGUUUUCUAGUUGUCAAUUGACUAUUUAUAAUGUUGGACUGCCCUCUUACUUUGAAAUCCAGAAGCGGAAGCGGUCCUUUAUUGCGCCUAGCUUGACGCAAAGUCAUUUCCAGGGUGGAUCUCCCACUGGCGGCUGUCCUCCUCCCUUCAGCGUUAAAACCGUCACGUCGUAGCUUUCGGCGCGGCAGCGGAGACCGAGCGGCAUCCCCGGCAGCGUUUGACGAGCGCAAGAAUCGCACCUCGUGUCGCCCUCUCGUGUGAAUCCGCCCCGCAGCGAGUUGCAGCGCUCACUCCCCCGGAGCCAGGCAGCCAUGGACGAAAAGGCGUUCACGAAGGAGCUGGACCAGUGGAUCGAGCAGCUGAACGAGUGCAAGCAGCUCACAGAGGGACAAGUGAAGAAUUUGUGUGAAAAGGCAAAAGAAAUCCUGACCAAGGAGUCCAACGUCCAGGAGGUGCGAUGUCCCGUGACGGUGUGCGGAGACGUGCACGGCCAGUUCCACGACCUGAUGGAGCUGUUCAAGAUCGGCGGGAAGUCUCCGGACACAAACUACCUUUUCAUGGGCGACUACGUGGACAGAGGGUAUUACUCCGUGGAGACCGUCACUUUACUAGUAGCACUUAAGGUUCGCUUCCGCGAGCGCAUCACCAUCCUCAGAGGGAACCACGAGAGCAGACAGAUCACGCAAGUGUACGGCUUCUACGACGAGUGCCUACGGAAAUACGGGAACGCCAACGUUUGGAAGUACUUCACAGACCUGUUCGAUUACCUGCCCCUCACUGCCUUGGUAGACUCGCAGAUUUUCUGUCUUCACGGUGGUCUGUCGCCUUCCAUCGACACGUUAGACCACAUCAGAGCUCUGGACCGCCUACAGGAAGUGCCACACGAGGGUCCCAUGUGCGACCUGCUGUGGUCGGACCCGGACGACCGCGGCGGCUGGGGCAUCUCGCCCCGAGGGGCGGGCUACACCUUCGGCCAGGACAUUUCCGAGACUUUCAACCAUGCCAACCGCCUCACACUGGUGUCCCGCGCCCAUCAGCUGGUGAUGGAGGGCUACAACUGGUGCCAUGAGCGCAAUGUGGUGACAAUAUUUAGCGCCCCCAACUACUGCUACCGUUGUGGCAACCAGGCAGCCAUCAUGGAAUUAGACGACACCCUCAAAUACUCCUUCUUGCAGUUCGACCCGGCGCCGCGCAGAGGGGAGCCGCACGUCACCCGUCGCACCCCCGACUACUUCCUGUAAACCCCGACCCUCGUCCAGUCCAGCAUCGCCACGACGACGACAUGAAGGAAGAGGGAGUCAUCAGCAAGGCGGCUGCACAGCAGUGCACAUUGUACAUUCACACAAGACCUAUUUAAGCAUUUUGUCUGUGUCGAUAGAUGGACCAAAAGGUGCCAUAACUAUUAACAAUAUUCAUGGCUGAGCCCCCCCUCGCCCCCCACUGCGUCACUGCUCACCUAAGAAAAGGUGUUUGUAUUGCUCAUCCUGUAGCUGGACUGCUGGCACUGAGGUCCAAAAACAAACGCUACUUUAACCGUGGAGAGGUCUGGUGAUGAUCUGUUUGCACUUUUGUAAAUCUAAAGAAAUGUAAGAUAUGUCAAAAGAAAGAAAACACUAUAGAUGUUUCUUUUUUAUUUUACUGAUAAAUAAAAGCCCCCCGUGAGGAACAUUUUACUUCUUUGUCCUGUGCAACUUUGAAGGAAGCAUCUUUUACACAUUUACCCAGCUCGGUGUUUUACUCUGUAUAUGAGAUGACCACAUGGUGGCGUGUUCAUCCGCAUCAACUCUGAACCACAGAGUCUGUAUUAACCAAGGUAUUUCAAUAAUAAAGAAUUAACAUGGCUCCUUGA